AUGGGUCCUAAAAGCAAAGGGAAUCAGCGCAACGGUGGCAAAGGAAACAAAGGUCUUUUGCGAAGCAACGAGCCCACCCCGCCUCAGACUCCUUCCAAGGCAGCGGUUCCAAAGUCGCUCGACGAUAGCGGUUUGGAUUUACUUCCCCCUCUUCCAGGCUCAAACCCAGGCUCUCCGUCAUCCCUGUUUUCUGAGGCAGCAACGGGAGUUGUACCAGAGUCAAACCAUCCGAUCGUCAUCGGUUCUGGCGAAGACACCUCUUCUUCCAAGCGGCAAGCCUAUCAGGCCUACGUCGAAGAAGAUACUGACACCCCGGGAGAGCCGUCUGUGCCGCCUCUCGAACAUCAAGCUUCUCUAUUGGAUAUCAAACAGGAUCAGACUAGUCAGAAGGACACCCCUCGCGAGGACACUGGCAGUCAGAUUCAAGAAUCACAAGGAGAACGGGAGAAUAAACCGCCGACCCCGAUUCCAACCGAGAGUACACUAGAGGCUGCUAUCGAUAGUCCGCCCCUCGAGCACAACUAUCUAAAUUCGCCGCGCUCCAGGGACAUCGAUCUCGCGCCAGCACCGUCACCGCCUAUACCAAACGUUUCAUCACUCCAGCAUAGCCUCACAAAUAGCGCAUUCUCGCCACCCUACUCAUCCCAACAGCAGUCUCCUUCCGUGUCCCACCAGCAACUGAACACUGACCCUCACCCUACAUCCCCCCCCGUAUACGGAUAUUACCCAUCACAUUAUCCGUACUCGAGCCAAGCACCCGCAAGUGCCGCUUUCUAUCCAAUGGCACAAGCAGCUGGCUAUCAGCCGGGGCCUCCAUUUGCCUCCCCGGCAACUCAGCCUUACCCGCCCGCUUUUCAUGGCUAUGCUCCGCAAGUACCUAGCAGCUAUCCGGUUCCGCUAGCACGCCAGCCUUCUUUGCAACGCAACGGAUCUACGAGCUCCAGAAAUAGCGUACCUGGCGAGAAGCCAAAUGGAUAUGGAUCAUCUUGGCAAUCUUCCUCCCCAGAUGCAAAUAAUCAACCUUCUGCAGAAGAGAAUAUCGGCGAUUUCCUUCGCCGCAUACAAAGUGCCAUUCCAGAUCUUCAACUGCUUGCCGAGCGAUACAGGGAUACUGCCGGUCAGUUGGGUGUACGGGAAGAGUUUAUUCGACAGAAUGAGGUGCAAAAACUGGAGAUAUUGAAACAGAAAGAGAGCUAUAUCGAAGCCUUGGCAAGGCAGCUUGUUGACGCCAAUCACAAGCACUCUGUGGAGAGUAAUAAAUUGCGUCUGGAAAUUGGGAAUCUCGAGGAGAAACAAAAGGAGUUAUCAGAACACUUGGCUGCAACGGAAGCUUCUCGAAUACAGCUAGAAGAGGCAAGAGCUAGAUUGGAAGAAGAGAAAGGACAAUUGGAGAAGCAGGCGUCUGAUGAAAAGGAAAGGCUUCAGCAAGAAUUUGACGAACGGAAGCAAACGUCCGAAAAUGAGUUCGCAUCCGAAAAAGCUUCGUUGGAAGAAACAUUUGAGGCUCGGAUGAAAGAUCAGGAUCUGGCUUUCAAGGCUAGGGAGGACGAGCUCCAGGACCAAUUUACAAAGGAAAAGGAGAAACUGCAAGCCGAGUUUGACACAAAACGAUGCGAGCUUGAAGAGAGCUCGAAGGCUGCGCAGAAGGACCUAGAGGAUCAGCUCGAAAUUGUCAAUAAAGAUCUCGCCGCCUUAAAAGGUGACCUCGGAACGGCUGCAAGCCGAGAAACUGAAGCGAAGGAGACCUGGGAGACGGAAAAGGCAGCGAUGGCAAAGGGUUGGCAAGACGAGCGGGACCGGCUCAUCGAGGAACAAAAGCGGGAAGUGGAAGAUCUACAGAAGGCAUGGGAGCAGGAGAAAAACGAGCUCUUGAGGAAGAGCGAUGAAGAUAUAGGUGCACAUAAGAAGGCAAGAGAAGUUUUGCAAAAAGGCUGGGAUGACGAUAAAUCCAGACAUGAGCGAAUGGUCGGGGAACUCAAAGCGGUGGCUGAUGUCUUGGGAUCGGAGAAGGGAAAAUUGCAGAAGAUGGUGGAAGCCUUUGGAGAAGAACUCGGGGAUGAGCACUUUCUGAAUCUUCCAAUUGCGCCUUCGGAAGACGUUUUGCGCGAAGUCCCACCGGCAAUGCCAUCAUUUCUGGCAAACACUCAUUCCUCACGCCAGUUACGAGCGGCAUAUAUUCAGCAUACAGUCUCUAAUAUUCUCUGUUACCGUGUUUUUUCGCCCUUCUUGUUCUCGCUCGGUCGCCGCUACGACAAGGCCGACUCCCUUUUCCAGGCCAUGUCCAAUGAACUCCGUCACAAGUCGACCAGAAAAGAAGCCAUCUGGCGCCAGCACACGCUCUACGCUGCCUACACUGCAUCUAGUGCGAAAAAGACUGUCAACGCUGCCGCCGGCGCCGUCGUGGACGAAAUAGUAGCCGCAAUCAGGCCCUUUGCUGAUCCGAAACAAAUGGAACCCCUCUACGGCGCAGUGCGUAGCAUCGUCAAGCUUGCCGCCGAGACAUGGCGACUUGCACGACUAGAACGCGAGAUGAUUACAGCGCGCAUGCCCGCCGCAGAGGACGAAGAUGAAAAUGACGAGGACUGGCUGCCGGCAGAUUACUCAGACCAGGCCACUCCUCCUGCUCCUGGUGCUGCCACCGCUGCUACUGCUGCUACUGCUGCCACCAGCCAUCAACCAGGAGCCGCGCCAGACCAGCCUCCUCGCAAAGUCCUCUUGCGCCUCUUUCCCAUCAUCAGCCGCGAGCCCAUGCACGAAGGGUUCCGCACAGAGGCAGAAAAGCACGAUAAUGGCUGCAGAUACUCGGAUGGGAUUGCGCUGUAUUCAGAUGCACCGCCCGUGAUUGAGCGACUGGCAGAACUCCACGAGACGAUGGUUGCCAGACAGUGUUCGUUUGGCAGCAACUCGCGCCGCUCCGUGACCCCGCCGUCGCCCUUGUUUCCGGCAAAGGACGAGAUUGACAAUGAUACCUUCAACCAGCCUAGUCCGUUGAACGAAUCGCGCGUGGCUGCCAGAUCAUCGGGGUCGUUGAAGCGGGUUUCUUUGCAUAGCGCUGGGGUCAACGGGUCAGACUGGGACGAAUUGCAUUGGAGGAUACCAGAUAUCUAG